GAAUUGAAGUGUCGUUAUGGAGACAACUGUCAAAUAGAUGUGGAGAUGCGGCGAGAAUGGAUACUCAAUGAUGAGGAUAGGAAGAAAUGGAGACCUAAACGGAAAAAUACGAAACAUAUACAAAAUGUGAUUACCAAUGACAUAAUAGACAAACCUGAUGAGUCAAAAAUCAAUGCAGAUGCUCAGUCACUUAUCGAUACCGAUAAUCAG